CAGAGAGAAGUUGGCGUUUCUUUGUCUUGUAGCUCUAGUAAUCCAAAGCCUUAAAAAAAUAAAUUAGAGCCCAGUGUCAGUUAAGUUUUGCUUUGUGUCCGUUUCAGAACCAAUUACCCAGACAAAAUAGCCACCAAAAAAGGAAAAGGAAGAGAAAUACAUCUUUGCUGCUAUUAUAUAUUUCAUUAUUUUGAGCAACUUAUAGGCCUUUUUUUGUGUUUUUUGUGUUUUUUUUUGCUUUUUAAAGUUGAAUUUUGAGUGAGGAAGGAAUUGGGUUUUCACUUUUCAAUGUCUUCAGAUCUUUAUAUUUUUGAUGACCACCGCCAUUCAAGCUCAGACAUGAUCUCCUCUGAUGGAGACCUGACCUUUAUGUCAGACUCACCGUUUGAUAUUUUUCAGGGAAUUUCAAUUUCAGACAGCCAAAACUAUCAUAACCGAGUUGAAGAAUCUCACUCCUUUGACCACUUUUCUCCUCCACUUGUGUCUUCCUCCUCUCCAAGUCAGCAAUUAGAUAGCUUGAACCAUAUGCAAACCCAUAAUUUGCAGUGUUUGCCUAAUGUUUCUGGUGUGCCAUAUGGGUUUGGGAAUUUGUCUGGCUUGGAAGGUUUAGAGGUUAAAAAUGAAGAAUGUCAAUUGGGUUUUGAGUCUUCUUUCAACCAGGCCUUUGUUCCUCAAAGUUACAGUUGUGGGACUGAGAAUGUGGCUAAUAAGUUCAUGCAGAGGAGCUAUAGUAGUAAUUGUUUUGAAGGAAAGCCCAGCUUUCUCUUUCAGCCUCACUUUGAUACUUUAAUGGAGUCCCAAAACUUUCAAAACCAGGCCUUAAGCCCACCUGAAAAUAGUUUUUUAGCUGGACAGAUGAGAAGGGUUUGUAGCACAGGUGAUUUGCAGAAUAUCAAAGCAACACACACUGCCCCAAGGUCCUACUCAGGUCCUUUGGCUACAGAAAGCUCAUUCAAUGAAGAAACAAACAUUAAAGUAGGGCGUUACAGUGCAGAAGAGAGAAAAGAGAGGAUUUCCAAGUACAGAGCCAAAAGAACCCAGAGGAACUUCAACAAGACCAUUAAGUAUGCAUGUCGAAAAACACUAGCCGACAAUCGACCCCGCAUACGUGGAAGAUUCGCACGCAAUGACGAAACCGGUGAGAUUCCCAAAGCUGCAUGUUCAACCGGUAUUGAAGAAGAAGAUUAUCUCUGGCUUGAGGGUUUGCAUGAAGAGAAUGGAACAGUGAAUAUGGGACAGUUUGUGAACGGUUUUGGUGGAGCCACAGAAGAGUUUCAGUGCUAUGGCUUUUGAAGAAUAUUGAUAGUUGGAAGAAUCUAUAAAUCUUUUUCUAGGAGGAGCUUUCAUAGUAUAGUUAGGUCCGUA